AUGUCGUGGUCCUCCGUCCGCGGCGGAGGCGACGACGACGACGACGAGCUCGCGAUCGCGUUCGCACACGAGCACUCGAGGGCGUUCACGAUAUUAGAGGCGGUCGAGCGCGUCCGCGCGCAUCGCGUGCGCGUCGAGGAGGACGCGGCGUCGAAAUCUCGGCACCACCCGCCGAAGCGCGACGACACGCUGCGCGUCCUCGUCGUCGGCGCGGACCGCGUCGAGGGGACGAACCCGGAGGCGACCGCGGAGGUGUUCCGCGCCGUGCUCGAACGCGGCGGCGUCGGCGACGACGCGCGCGGGUUCGCCAACGUCGAGAUACUGUGCGCGGGGCCGAACGUCACGGUGGACGACGGGAUCGCGGAGGGAGAGUUCCACGCGGUGCGCGGCGCCGACGACGACGAGGAGGAGGAGGACGACGAGGACGACGAGGAGGCGCCGAGCCCGAAGCGGCGGCGCGCGGGCGUCUCCGUGGGGUAUCACGUCGGGCUGUACCACGACAUCGCGUCGGAGGGGGAGGAGGAGGAGGAGGAGGAGGAGGAGGCCGACGCGCCCGCGGAGAGGAAGGCGUCGACCGCGAGCACUUUUUCGGGGUGGGUCCCCGAGCUCGCAGUCGCGUUCAACGCCGGAAUGUGGGGGUACUCGCAGGACGAGUGGAGACCGACGAUAGACAGGAUCGUCCACGCGCACAAGUGCCCGCUCGUCGUGACCGGGUACACGGUGAAAGAGGCGGAGAGCGACGAGGACGCGCUGAGGGCGAUGACGACGCCGGCGGCGGCGGCGGACGCCGGCGGCGGCGCCGGCGCGGGCGUGGAGUGGCUCUGGGAGACGGAGGCGAACCCUUUCCGGUCGCUCAGGCCGCGGGCGCUGCGGUUCGACCGGAGCGUGUACGUCCCGGGUGAUGACGCGGGGGACGGGGAGGGCGCGUUCAUGGGCGAGAACGCCGCGUGGAUGUGUCUACGAGCGGCAGCGUAG